GACAAUUGUUACCCCAACCCUUGUCAAAAUGGUGGCACGUGCUAUAACGAGGGAAUGGACUACACGUGCACGUGUACUGGAGAUUGGCUCGGUCAAAGGUGCACUGAUAAAAAUGGCGCUUGGGGAUCAUGGGGUUCAUACGGCGCAUGCUCCAAAACUUGCGGAACCGGAAAGAAGACAAGAACAAGGACAUGUGACAAUCCUGCUCCUCUUGGUAACGGCGCCACUUGUCCUGGUGACGUCAGUGAAGAUGCCGACUGCAACACGCAACCAUGCCCAAUUGAUGGCAUGUGGGGAAGUUGGGGAUCAUGGGGCACUUGUUCAACUACUUGCGGUGGAGGUAACCAAAAUCGUACUCGGACCUGUACCAACCCACAACCUCAACAUGGAGGUAACGACUGCGUUGGAAAUGCUCAGGACACGCCCCAAUCCUGUAGUACAAACCCAUGCCCUAUCGAUGGUGAGUGGGCGAGCUGGGGAACCUGGGACACGUGUUCUGUCACAUGCGGGGGAGGAACACAGGGGCGAAAUAGAACAUGUACAGAUCCGGCCCCUCAAUAUGGCGGAAAAGACUGCGUGGGUAGUUACACGGAUUCACCUCGUGACUGCAAUACUCAAGUCUGCAUCAUUGAUGGAUCAUGGGGAAGUUGGGCUUCUUGGGGCACGUGCACGAAGACUUGCGGAGGAGGAGAGUGGUCCAGAUCACGCACGUGUGAUAACCCAGCACCUGCGAACGGAGGAAAAGAUUGUGUGGGUGCCAUGUCUGAAUUCAAUGACUGUAACACAGCCGCGUGCCCAACGGUGGCCGCAGGACAAUACCAACAGAUGUGUCCAUCCGGGUAUUUUACCUGUGAGACUGGUUCGAUGAGCUGCAUUCAAGAGUCAUUCAAGUGUGACUGCUCCAGUGACUGCGACGACGGAAGUGACGAAACAGAAGGCUACGCCGGAUGUCCCGCUACACAGGCAGCCAUGUGCAUGGCGGAGAACUCUAGUUGUACUUAUGCUUACUGUCCAAGCGGAUGGUCUAAGUAUGGCAACAACUGUUACAAACUCUUCACGAGUAAAAAGGAGUGGUCAGUGGCUGGCAGAGAUUGCCAACGUUACGGAGCAAAUCUCGUCAGUGUCGAGACUUCCGGGGAAAACUAUUUUGUAGAAGGUCUCAUUGGUCGAUAUACAGUCUGGACCAGCGGAUCUGACCGGAACUACGAGGGAGCCUGGGCGUGGUACAGCGGAUACGGAAAGUGGUCGUACACAAAGUGGCACAGAGGUGAACCUAAUAACUGUUGUGGAGGCGAACACUGUUUGCAGAUCUAUGAGAAUCGGAGGGGAUGGAACGAUUUACCAUGUAACCGAGCCCUGGCCUAUGUUUGUGAAAUCCAUUAUGGAACAUCCAGCUGCAGCGGUUGGCAUCAGAGGGGCAACAGGUGCUACAGGAUGUUUGGAAAGACUAACUGGAUAACUGCCCUGAGAACAUGUCAGAACAACGGAGCUAAUCUAGUCAGCAUCGACGAUAGCGGAGAACAGAGUUACAUAGAAGGAUUAAUUGGAGGAAACAGUGUGUGGACCAGUGGUAUUGACGGAAAUAAGGAAGGAUAUUGGUUCUUUGCUAGCGGAACACGGUCCUGGUCCUAUACCAAGUGGAACAGAGGUGAACCAAAUAAUUCUGGAGGCGAACACUGUAUCCACGUUCUGACCAAUAGGAAUGGUUGGAAUGAUCUUCCAUGCACACACACCAGUAUCUAUACCAUGUGUGAAAAACCAGCACCGAGAGUCAAUGGAAACUGGGGUUCGUGGGGAUCCUAUGGGAGUUGCACCAGGUCUUGUGGGUCAGGUACCCAGACCCGCCGCAGGUCAUGUAACAACCCCGCCCCAUCUAAUGGAGGGUCAACUUGUCCUGGGUCCUCCUCCAGUUCACGAAGUUGUAACACACAUUCAUGCGCAGUUCACGGUAAUUGGGGCAGUUGGGGUGGAUAUGGGUCUUGUACCAAGUCUUGUGGAAGUGGCACCAAAACCAGAAGGAGGUCAUGUAACAACCCCGCCCCCGCCCACGGAGGACGGAACUGUGGCGGAUCGUCCACCCACACCGUGUCUUGUAAUACUCACAGCUGUCCAGUCCACGGUAACUGGGGUAGUUGGGGAAGCUAUGGAUCUUGUACCAGGUCUUGUGCUGGCGGCACCAAAACCAGAAGGAGGUCAUGUAACAACCCCGCCCCCGCUCAUGGCGGAAAUAAUUGUGGCGGAUCUUCCACCCACACCGUGUCUUGUAACACACAUAAUUGUCCAAUCCACGGAGCUUGGGGUAGGUGGGGAAGUUACGGAUCCUGUACCAAAUCCUGCGCCGGAGGAACGAAGACAAGAAGCCGACAGUGUAACAACCCGACCCCACGGUACGGCGGAAAUAACUGUCCCGGGUCCAGCACCAGUAGCACUUCCUGUAACACACAUAACUGCCCAAUCCACGGAGCUUGGGGUAGGUGGGGAAGUUACGGAUCCUGUACCAAAUCCUGCGCCGGAGGAACGAAGACCAGAAGCCGACAGUGUAACAACCCGACCCCACGGUACGGCGGAAAUAACUGUCCCGGGUCCAGCACCAGCAGCACUUCCUGUAACACACAUAACUGCCCAAUCCACGGAGCUUGGGGUAGGUGGGGAAGUUACGGGUCCUGUACCAAAUCCUGCGCCGGAGGAACGAAGACCAGAAGCCGACAGUGUAAUAACCCGACCCCACAGUACGGCGGAAAUAACUGUCCCGACUCUAGCACCAGUAGCACUUCCUGUAACACGCACUACUGUCCAAUUCAUGGAAACUGGGCGUCUUGGGGUAGUUGGGGAUCGUGCACAGUGACCUGUGGGGGUGGUAAGAAGGACAGGUCAAGGACGUGUACUAACCCGGCCCCCAAGUACCUCGGCAGAGAUUGUGCUGGAUCUGACGCUGACAGGACAGACUGCAACACUCAUCAUUGUCCAAUUGACGGAGGUUGGGCGGCCUGGGCACCCUGGACCUCGUGCACGGUCACGUGCGGUGGUGGAACCAAGGACAGGUCAAGGACGUGCACCAACCCCAGACCUCAGUAUCUGGGCAAAGAUUGUCCCGGAUCUAAAGAUAGCCGAACGACCUGUAACACGCAUCACUGUCCGAUUGAUGGAGAAUGGGCGGCGUGGGGUAAUUGGGGCACGUGUACUGAAACGUGUGGUGGCGGUAUUCAAACACGCGGCCGCACGUGCACUAACCCUGCACCACAAUACGGUGGGGCUAACUGCAGGGACUUCUCUUCAGCAACACAGAGGUGCAACACGCAUAACUGUCCAAUUGAUGGAGUCUGGGCAUCUUGGGGGCAAUGGGACACGUGCACGGUGACUUGUGGCGGAGGAAGUCAGGGAAGAAAGAGAACGUGCACAAACCCUGCACCUCAAUAUGGCGGCGCUGCUUGUUCCGGAAGUACUGAUUCUAGCCAAACCUGCAACACCAAUCCAUGUCCAAUUGACGGAGUCUGGGCCAACUGGGGCUCCUGGAAGACUUGCUCUGUGACGUGUGGCGGAGGAACACAGAGUCGUGAUAGGUCCUGUACGAACCCCGCCCCCCAACAUGGCGGCGCCGCGUGUCCCGGACUCAGCACCAGCUCCCAGAACUGUAACACUCAAGUCUGCAUAAUUGACGGUGCAUGGACCGACUGGUCACCAUGGGGAAGUUGUAGCAAGAGUUGUGGCGGCGGUAGAAGGUCAAGGUCAAGGACAUGUGAUAACCCGAAGCCUGCAAAUGGCGGAAAAGACUGUACCGGCGACUCCGGAGAUUUCGGGGAUUGUAAUCCUGACGACUGCCCAACUGUUGCUGCAGGCACAUACCAACAGCUGUGUCCCUCUGCCUUUUUCACUUGUCAAUCGGGAGCUAUGACUUGCAUCCAGAAAGCCUUUGUCUGUGAUUGUUCCAACGAUUGUGAUGAUGGCAGUGACGAAACUUCCGGUUAUGCUGGCUGUAACGUAGAGGCAUGUCUGGGAGGGGCCGGACUAAAUAUGGCUUCUUUUGCACUGAUCAUGACGUCACUGAUUAUCUCGGUCUUCCUGACGCUUUGA